CAUAGAAUAUUGAAAAUCGUAUGAAAACAAAACAAUUCAUGCAAGAAAAGGAUUAUUUUUUUUUUCUUUUAUACUCGUGUAAAAGGAGAAUUUGGUGUACAUAUAUUUUUCUGCACACAUUUACAAACAUCGUCAACGGCGACAGCAAACAGCUGUUGCUUGAUUUGUUUAUUUACAAAACAUUUCUAUUUACAAAUUUUAAUUAUUGACGAUCUUUCCUUGCUGCACACCCACUACUUAUAUUCAAAUAUAAAAAGAAAAAAACCAAAAUUCUUUGUUCCACAAUAUCAGUAAAGUCGACCAGUUUUAUAAAUUAUUUAUUUCGAAAUUAACUCAGUAUUAUGGAACAAGAUGAUAAUAUUCUAGCAAAAAAAUCUGUGCAAAGCUUAUCAAACGAGCCCGAGAGCAGUAAUGCGAACAAUGCGAACAAUGCAAAAGGCGAAUUUGCAACAGCAAGUAGUUCGUCAGCAUCCUUGCUACUUUCUCAAGGCAUGUUGCAGAUGUAUGAACCGCCUUUAGCGAAGGCCAAGGGGCAACUUAAAGAACUCAUUGGUAAACAAAACAAGAUAUAUAUUGAUUUAUCAGCUGAAAAAUUCAAACUAGAUAAUGCCGAAGUAAUCAAAUUGCAAGAGAUGAUGGACAAUGUAAAAAUCUAUCGUGAGAAAUUAUUAAAAAUCAAAAAACAAAUGCAGAACAUAUACCAACGUACCAAAGUGUUAAAGAAAAGAGCCAUAAACAUUCAAACGGGCAAACAAAAAGAAUUGCAACGUAAAUUACAAAGGCAGCAACACGAAGAAUCAUUAAUUGCUAAAAAAUAACAUAAAACGAAAAAG